AUGUCCUCUCAGAGCGACAUAGACUAUUGGAUCAGCAGCACGGAUGACACCAUUACCUUCCAAAGAGCAUGGCUUGCUGCCACAGUGCUCGUCCUUUACGAUACCCUCGUGACACUCGGACGCGAAAUAGAUGCAGUCUGGGUUCGCAGGCCGUGUUGGUCUGGGAUCCUCUACAUCUUUAGUCGUCAUUUCACGACACUCAGCCUGCUCGUUGUCGUACCCCCUCUGCACACUGCUCAUGGGUACGCCUCCUUCAACACCCUCUCGGAACUGUUCGGCAUAUGCUCGUAUCUAUCGUGGGCAGCGUUUUCCGCGUGGCGUCUGUACGCUCUUGCGGACCACACACUCUCGCUCGCUCUGGUGGUGCUCGCCUUGACAUCUGCGUACAGUAUGCCAAACGUGUACUUCAUUAUCUUCUGGAAGGCAGCGGCGUCCCCCGAGCCAAUCAACUGCUCUGGCUCUCUGACAGUCUAUCCCAGCCUGUACGAUGCUCGUGAGUUCUAUUCUCCGUACUUCACAGGCGAGCUCAUCGUGAUCAUCGCAACCAUCCGCAAGACGUUCAGCAUCCACGCGCGGCGAGCGGGGUAUAACGACCCCCGUGGCUCGAUCGGUCGAGUGCUCCUCGAAAACGGAAUCGCAUGUUUCUGCAUCCCGACAGCACUCAACAUCAUCGUGUUUGUCUCCGGGUUCGUCUCUGGCCGCACCGCCUACACCGCGCUCGCGAACUACACGGGCGUGUUCCGCGACGGCAUCACCUCCAUUCUCAUCUCGCGCUACCUGCUCGAGCUCGCGUCGUUCCGCGUGCACGCGGUCGAGCGCGCCGCGGCGGGCGCGUGGGACCCGGACGCGUUCGGGGGGAUCAUGUCGACUGGCAUCCCGAGCUUCCACAACAACUCGCUGCUCCGGACUGAGAUCCUGAUUGACGACACCGGCCCAGGGCUCGGGGAGAGCGAGGGCGCGGCGACGACCACCGCGGCGGGCACGGCGACGGUGGAGGCGUGCGGUUCGGACGCGGGGCGGUCGGAGGUGUGA